AUGAUGGACAGCCCGACCAAGUUCUACUACAUCGGCGUCGACGUUGGCACCGGCUCUGCGAGAGCAGCGCUGGUCGAUGACGACGGCAACAUCCUCGCCGAGUCCACCAACGCAACACAAACCUACCGUCUCGAGUCCGAUUCGCGCAUCUUCGAGCAGUCGACCACGGACAUCUGGUCACAGAUCAAGCUCGCCAUCACUCAAGUCGUCGCUGCGUCCAAAGUCGACCCUAGCCUGAUCAAAGGUCUUGGAUUCGACGCCACCUGCUCGUUGGCAGUGACGGACUUCAACGGUCAACCAAUCGCUGUCACGCCACAACCCUCGUCCUCGAGUAGCGAGUGGGGGCCAGGAGAACGCAACGUCAUCCUCUGGGCCGACCACCGCGCCGAGGAGGAGGCAGCACUUAUCAAUUCGACCGGCUCCAAGGUGCUCAACUACGUCGGCAAGACCAUGUCGCUCGAGAUGGAGAUCCCCAAGAUCCUAUGGUUGAAGAAGCACAUGCCGGACGAGCUUUUCCGUCAAUGCAUGUUCUUCGACCUGCCGGACUAUCUGACGUACAAGGCGACGGGUUCGCUGGCGAGGAGCAACUGCUCGUUGGUAUGCAAGUGCUCGUACGUGCCGCCUGGCGUUGAUGGGUCGGAGCUUGGAUGGCAGCCGGACUUUUUCGAGCAGAUCGGGCUCGGCGAGAUGGUCAAAGACGACUUCAAGCAGUUGGGUGGUGUUCCAGGGCGCAACGGUAUCGUGCUCACUGCUGGACAGCCCGUAGGCGACGGUCUUACUGAAGAGAUCGCUGCUGAGCUCGGACUGCUUCCUGGCACAGCAGUCGGUUCGGCCCUCAUCGACGCCUACGCAGGGUGGGUGGGCACUGUCGCUGCCCCCGCCACCAAUCCCUUCUCGGAAUCUAACAAUCACCCUUCCCUCAUCAGCUCGCAGAACCGUCUCGCAGCCAUCGCCGGCACUUCGACCUGCUACUGCGUCCAGUCGCCCUCCGGCAUCCUCGUCGACGGCGUGUGGGGUCCUUACAAGCACGCCGUCUUUCCCGGUCUCUGGAUGAACGAAGGCGGUCAAUCCUCCACUGGCCAACUGAUCGAUUUCAUCAUCGAUACGCAUCCCGCUGCGCCCGCUCUCCGCACCCUCGCCUCGGAAACCAACCGUUCGCCGUUCCAGGUGUUGCACGAUAAGAUCGACUCGCUCGCCUCCGACGCUGGUCUUUCCCACGCAUCGCUCCUCACCAAGGAUCUGUUCAUCUACCCGGACUUUCACGGUAACCGUUCUCCCCUCGCGGACUCCACCAUGCGAGGUAGCAUCACAGGUCUUCGCCUCGAUCGCUCCCUGACCGAUCUGGCGCUCAAAUACUACGCCACGCUCGAAGCCAUCGCCCUGCAAACACGACACAUUGUCGAAGCGAUGAACGCCAAAGGGCAUCAGAUCGAUUCGAUCUACAUGUCUGGUGGACACGUGAAGAAUCCGGUGUUCAUGCAGCUGAUCGCGGACGUGUGCGGGAUGCCGGUGCAGUUGCCGUUUAGCUCGAGCGCGAGUGUUGUUGCUGGCAGCGCGAUUCUGGGUCGGUUCGCGGCGGAUGUGAAGGAUCCCCAUGGUUCAGGGGCGAGUGGCGAGAGCGCACCAAAGGAGAGGACCAGGAUCGAAGAUCAGAAGACGGCAGAGGAGAGCUCGUUCAAGUACAAGGAUCAUUUGUGGGAUCUGAUGGUUAGGAUGACCAAGCCAGGAACGCUGGUGUUUCCGCAGAAGGACGAGAAGUUGCGGAGGUUGCUGGAUGUCAAGUACAAGAUCUUCAGGGAGUCGAUCGAGAUUCAGCGUAGGUGGAAGGGCAUGGUUGCCGAGGUGACCAACUGA